GUUCACACAAGGUCCACCUUUGAGGUCAAAGUGCUUGUACAAUUCACCUCCAGGCGACUACAAGUACCACCACCUGGGACUCCAUUCACUUCCCCAAGAACUUCAGCUCGCCCACGAUGACAAGCUUUCUAGGACUCAAGAGAGCACAACUCGAAGCCGUGUCUGCAGGAACAGACAUCUUCAACUUCAAGCAAAGCGCCUCCGCUGGCGGAGCCCUGCCAGAGAUGAGUUUCCCUGACACCAUCGACUCGGCGACACUCCGCGCAAUCCUACAAGUGGACAGUUACGAUGAUGCACUCUCGAUCCUUGGACUGUACUACCAGACCAAGGUAACCGAGAAAGACAUCAAUAUUGCCUUCCGAAAACUUGCUUUGGUCCUACACCCAGACAAGUGCAUUGAUGCAUCCCACGUCGAACUCUACAACCGUCUCUUCCAAAAACUCGAACGCGCCAAAGACUCUCUUCUCAAUGACAACGAGGAUCUCGAGCCGCAACCUCUCCUUAUCCAGGAAGGCCCUGAGUCCCGCCGCAUUCGAGUCCUUGACGCAAAGGAAAAGCUCAAAGCAGCCCGCGCCCAAGCAGUGCAGAACAAGGCUCUCAACCCAAAGCUGCAAUGCAAAGCCGCCCGUACCAAGCUCGAACGCGAAGUCGAAGUGGCUGCGGUCCAAGCUGCCGUUCUGAGAAAGCGUGGCCAAGAGACCCAAGCCAACAAGGUCCUCUCCGACGCCAAAGAGAAACUUGCCGCAUUCAAUGCUAGGUACGAAAAGGGCAACGAUAUGUUCGACGACCCAAGCUUGGCAGAAAGCAGAUGGGAGAAGAACCUUCUUCGAGGAAAGACUUCUGCCACAACAGGCGUUAGUCUCGAGCUGAAGAAGCAAAAGGAACAGCAGCAUAUGGCUCAAGACCUCAAGAAAAUGGCUAUGCUCGGCAUGAGUCCCGAGGAAGCGGCCAAGAGGGAAAACCAUAGAAUGCUCAAAGAGGACAAGGAGGGCUGGACCAGGAAGGUCUACGACGCAAAUGGCCAAUCUUGGUACAUGCGUGCGGCUGAUAAGGAGGCCGACAUGCGCCAGAAAGAUAUGGAGGUCAGAUGGGUCGAAGCCGAUGAUGGAUGGAAGAAAAUGCUUUACUGGAAGGACCAGUGAAGUAACUCCAUACGCGACCCCGUCCAAUUAGCACUUACACCAGUCAGGCCUAUUGACCAGUCUGUUUUUUCGUUUUUAGCAGCAUGGCUGGAGUCCGGCGUGCGUUACGAAUUGUUUCUGCAACGUAGUAUUCGCGGC